UGGGCGGGGCCGCGUGGCGUCAGCACAAGAUGGCGGCCUCGGCGGCUCUUCUCUCGCGCUUGCGGAGCGGGCUCCGGGUAGGCGCGCGGGGACUGUGCACGCGGCUGGCGCCGCCACCUCCCCGCACUCCAGAGCAGGUUACUGAGAUUGCCAGCCGUGGGGGCUCCAAGGCCCAAGGGCCUCAGCAUCAGCCAGGCUCAGAGGGUCCCAGCUAUGCCAAAAAAAUUGCACUCUGGAUUGCUGGUUUGCUUGGGGCUGGCGGGACUGUCAGCAUCGUCUAUAUUUUUGGAAACAACCCCGUGGAUGAAAAUGGCACCAAGAUCCCUGAUGAAUUCGACAGUGAUCCAAUUCUGCUUCAGCAGUUGCGCCGGACAUACAAAUACUUCAAAGACUACAGACAGAUGAUCAUCGAGCCCACCAGUCCCUGCCUUCUCCCGGACCCUCUGCGGGAGCCCUACUACCAGCCACCUUACACCCUGGUCCUGGAGCUCACCGGGGUCCUUCUGCAUCCAGAGUGGUCGCUGGCCACCGGCUGGAGGUUUAAGAAGCGCCCAGGCAUCGAGACCUUGUUCCAGCAGCUUGCCCCGCUGUAUGAGAUAGUCAUCUUCACAUCAGAGACUGGCAUGACUGCAUUUCCACUCAUUGAUAGUGUGGACCCCCACGGCUUCAUCUCUUACCGUCUGUUCCGGGACGCCACCAGAUAUAUGGAGGGACAUCAUGUGAAGGACAUCUCUUGUCUGAACCGGGACCCAGCCCGAGUAGUGGUCGUGGACUGCAAGAAGGAAGCUUUCCGCCUACAGCCCUUCAACGGUGUCGCCCUGCGGCCCUGGGAUGGCAACUCAGAUGACCGGGUCUUGCUGGACCUGUCUGCCUUCCUCAAGACCAUCGCACUGAACCAGGUGGAGGACGUCCGGACUGUGCUGGAGCACUAUGCUCUAGAGGACGACCCAUUGGAGGCAUUCAAACAGCGGCAGAGCCGGCUUGAGCAGGAGGAGCAGCAGCGCCUGGCCGAACUCUCCAAGUCCAACAAGCAGGGCCUCUUCUUUGGCUCUCUCACCAGCCGUCUGUGGCCUCGAUCCAAGCAGCCCUGACUACUAGACUUCCUCAGAGACUUGGUGCCUGGGCCUUGGGCCCCAGCCCUCACAGAGCAAAGUUUGGACAGAUAUGUGUCCAAUAAAGCGAGUCCCAGAUGCCACAA